CAACUGGUCGACAUCAUGAAGAUCAAGGCCCUGAAAGAGAUCUCUCUCUCCUCCCUGCCCAUCAAGGAAUCUGAGAUCAUUGACUUCUUCCUGGAGGCAUCCCAGGAAGUGAUGAGGUUUGAAGUUUUGAAAAUUAUGCCAGUGCAAAAGCAGACCCAGGCUGGCCAGAGGACCAGGUGCAAGGCAUUUGUUGCCAUUGGAGAGUACAAAGGACACGUAGGUCUGGGUGUUCAGUUCUCUAAGGAGGUAGCCACUGCCUUCCAUGAGGCCAUCGUCCUGGACAACUUUCCACCAUCUCAUGUGCGAAGCUACUGGGGGAAUAAGCUUGGCGAGGCCCACACUGUCCCAUGCAAGGUGACCAGACCCUGUAACUCUGUGCUGAACGCCUUAUCCCCCUACACCAGGGGCAGGGGCAUUAUCUCGGCCCCUGUGCCCAAGACGAUACUGAUGAUGGCAGGUAUUGACGACUGCUACCUCUCCACCAGGGGCUACACUGCCACCCCGGGCCACUUCACCAAGGCCACUUUUGAUGCUAUUCCCAAGACCUACAGCUACUGUGCCCCUGACCUCUGGAAAGAGACGGUAUUCACCAAGUCUCCCUACCAGGAAUUCACUGACCAGCUUGCGAAGACCCACACCAGAGUCUCUGUGCAGAAGACCCAGGCUCCAGCUGUGGCCACCACAUGGUUUUACACAAGAAAAAUAAAAGAUCAGCGGGCAAAGACAGGAGUAACUGUUCAGGCAUGGGUCGUCCACCCCGGAGGCAGCAACUGUCUGCAGAAAGUCUCUGCAGGGCCUGCAGGUGGUCCUGAGAUGCACAUCAUGAGGAAUCUCCGACAAGCCCGAGGGACUGGCCACCCAGACUUCCCUAAUGGGACCCGAAACAGGCGUUAUCGACUGGCUUGUGUACCCCCACCCCCACCACCACCGCCAGAGUCAUAG